CCAGCUCCUCUCCUCACCGGCUACCAGCUAAUAUUCGCCGGCCAUGGCGCUUCGCAAGUUCUUCGUGGGUGGAAACUGGAAGAUGAACGGGAACAAAGAGAGUCUUGGAGAGCUCAUCAGCACCCUGAACACCGCCAGCCUGCACGACGAGACCGAGGUGGUUUGUGCCGCUCCCUCCAUCUACCUGGACUUUGCCCGAUCCAAUCUGGAUCCCAGGAUCUCCGUCGCAGCACAGAACUGCUACAAGGUGGCCAAGGGAGCGUUUACUGGAGAGAUCAGCCCAGCCAUGAUCAGGGACUGCGGGGCAGACUGGGUGCUCCUGGGACACUCGGAGCGCCGUCAUGUGUUUGGGGAAAGUGAUGAGCUGAUUGGCCAGAAGGUGGCUCAUGCUCUGGAGAACGAUCUGGGUGUGAUCGCCUGCAUUGGUGAGAAGCUGGAGGAGCGAGAGGCAGGAACCACCGAAGAAGUCGUCUAUGCUCAGACGCAGGUCAUUGCAGAGAAUGUAAAAGACUGGGGGAAUGUCGUGCUGGCAUAUGAACCUGUUUGGGCCAUUGGCACAGGAAAGACAGCCACACCUGAGCAGGCUCAGGAGGUCCACGAGAAGCUGAGGGCGUGGCUCAGAGCAAAUGUCUCCGAUGAUGUGGCCGACUCUGUACGCAUCAUCUACGGAGGUUCGGUCACAGGAGCAAACUGCAGAGAGCUGGCGUCUCAGGGCGAUGUGGAUGGCUUCCUGGUGGGCGGGGCCUCUCUGAAGCCAGAGUUUGUCGACAUCAUCAACGCACGUGCAUAACAAAUGCACAACUACUACAGCAGGAUCGAUGGAAAACACCCUGCCCUUUAGAUCUGCACCGUGUAUCACCUUGUUUCUGCAAACUGGGCUG